AUGAGUUUGAGAGUGGGAGAUCUUUCCAAAUUAUCACAAGAGAUGAAGGUGCAAAUCCUAUCAAGGCUGCCUCCAAAAUCUCUUAUGCGAUUCAAAUGCGUCCAUAGAUCAUGGCAUGCCUUGAUCAGUAGCUCCAACUUCGCAGCCAAACACGUCUCAGUUUCAAAGGACAACAAACUCUCCUCCUCCACUACGAUUCUCUUCAAACGUUAUGUUUUUGACGUCAACACUGAAAGGAGGGACAUGGUACUGUCAUUGUUGGAUCUUUGCCCUGAUGAUAUUAAUUCUGCUGACGAUGACGAUCACCUUAAUCUUUCACCGGAGGACCUCCGAGUUCCAUUGUCCAUGGGACUAAGAAGGAGGGACAUAUGGACCGGGAUCGAAUAUGUAGAUCUUGCAUGUCACUGCAAUGGGAUCAUUUGCAUAACAGAUUAUAGGAAAAGAGUUGUCUUAUGCAAUCCAGCAAUCAAGGAAUUCAACCGGCUUCCGGUGUCAUGUCUUGCGCUUUAUGCUGCUGAAAUUAAACCUCAAGGUUCAUCCACGGCUGCUGUGGGAUUUGGCUGUAAUAUCAAUUGUGAAGAUUACAAGGUCGUUAGGGUUUUAUAUUCCCAACGAGAAUUCAAUGAAAAAAAUGAUAUUAAAAUACAUCCUCCUAGGGCAGAAGUAUAUAGCCUCGCUACGAAGUAUUGGAGAGAAAUCAAAGCUGGUGCUCUUGACAAUGGAAGCAAAAACGUUUGGCCCGAUUCAACUGUCUCCAUAUACUGUAAAGGAAAUCUAUAUUGGCGGGGACAUGAAGAUGAGAAGGAGUAUUUUGAGGUUCCACUUUCCUAUACAGACGAGGAUGCUAAUUCAGGAGGAGAGGAAACCUUUUUUUACGAGGAUAAAGAGAGGAUCAUUUCAUUUGACAUAGACAGUGAGACGUUUCAUGUUAUGAGAUUUCCAAAUGGUUAUUAUUACUAUCACAAGGUUUUUGGGUUGUGGAGAGACUCAGUUGCUGUUGGUCUUAGUUGGUGUGCAGACUAUCAAUGCGUACACAUAUUUGUGCUGAAUAACAAAGGUGGUGAUGAGGGGUCGUGGAUAAACUGCUUCGCUAUCGAACCUGUUGUGUACAUUGAGUUUCAGUUAGCAUUUGUUGGGACGAGUGGACAAUCUAUUCUGGUGGCCGUGAAUAAAUGUGCAAUGGUUUUGUAUGACUAUAUCACCAAAAGAGUGAAGUAUCUUCCUGUUAAUGGAGUGUCUCUGUGGAACAGUCAAGCUCUUUUUUACGUCAAUAGUGUGGUUUCAGUUAACGGAUAUAGUGAUGGUAGCGACAGAAUUCCCAAACUCGUUCAGGAAGCUUGA